UGGAAAUUCUCUUCAUCUUCCUCCUGCAGCGUAUUCAAUGAACCCUCAUCAAUGAAGCGUCAUCAUUGAAGCCAAAAAAUUCAGCCAAUUAACAGAGAAAGGGGAAGGCGUCAGCAUCAAGAAAAAGGAAGAGGAAGGAGGCAAGAGUAGACAACUACUUACAUUACAGAGUAAUUCACAAAGAAAGGUAAAUUACAAUUUUUAAACCUUGAUUUUACUGUUAAAUUUAGGGCUUAGUUUAUUAAUUAAUUGUGAUUAAUGAAAGGCAUGUGUUUUUGGUAAUGGUUGUUAAUAUUAUAACUAGUUUCCUUAAAAUUCGAUUAUUAAACUGAUUAGGGUUUAAUGGGGAUGUGCUAAUUGAAAGAUGCUUAUUGUGGUUGUUUGUAUGGGCUCAAUCUGGUUGAAUAAAUACGAAUUGAUUUGUAAAGGUGAAAAUUUUGGGUUUAAUCUGGUUGCUUAAUUAGUAAAUUUUGGGUUUGAAGAAUUGUUGAAAUUGUGUUGUUGGCAUUUGUGUUGUUGAUUUAUUUUUUUUGGCAUAUUUGUGAUAAUAAGAAGGAAAUUGAAUUUUUUUGUUUCGUUGGAUGUGCAUCAGGUCUAACGGUAGGAUUAACGUAGAACAAAGUUGGUUUAAAUUGAUGGAGGGUUUUACUAUUAGGUUGUUUCACGGGGGUUAGUUUGUAUCUAGGAAUAAUAAAACUACAUAUGAGAGAGGUGAUAAUCCAAAGGCUGGUAUGUCAUUGCAUACAAAUGUGGAGGAGAUAUGUUACUUUGAGUUUGCAGAUUGGAUUAGGAGGGAAUUGGGAUACGAAGAAGUAGGCCAGAUAUGUUUUAGGAGGCGAGGAUGUAGUUUACAUGUGAAUGGAAGGAAAGAGAUUAAGAGUGAUGUUGAGAUUCCCGAGUUUUUGAGUGCACCCGAGAAGGAUGGGUCGUACCAAUUGUAUGUGGUACAUGUUGAAAGGAGAUUGAUGAUAGGAGUUGUUUUCCUUCUUAUGUGAAGUGGUAUAGUGAUAGUGGAACUCAAUCAAGUGGGGGAGGGAGCAACUUUAUGAGUGGUGACACAGCAAGGGGGGCCCACAGUUGCAUCUAGUCAGCAGUACAGUCAGUAGCUCUAGUCAAAACCCUAAUUCUAGUCAACACUCUACACAUUCUCAAUGCUUAAACAACUUGCCUCCACUCACAAAUCAGUCCACAGAACUCCCACCUUCCAUUUUUUCCAGAGAAAACCCACCCCCUUCCACUGUCCAACCUCUAUCCACAACACUCCUUCAUUCCACACCCAAAUUUCCCCCACUGCCAGUGAGUACAGUGAGACAAAAAAUUCCCACAGUGUCCCUUUUUAAGAAAACACUUCCUGAAAAGGAGGCAUUAUUGAAACAAAAAUUACCUGUUGUGACUGAGGAUAUAGCUAUGACUGAGAGUCAGAAGUCAGCUGGAUCAGGUGAACAUAGAUCUAGGUUAGUUGGGAGUAAGGGAACAGUUGCAGGAGCUGAGGAGAGAGCUGUUGAGGGUCAGGAGAGAGCUGUUGAGGGUCAGGAAACAACAGAAACAGGUGAGCAAAGAUCAAAUUCAGCUGGGGGUGAGGGUGAGGGAAGAGUUGCAGGAGGUGAAGAGAGAGUUGUUGAGGGUGAGGAGGUAGUUGUGCAGGAGGGUAGAGUGGUGUCUGACUUGGAAAAUGGCAGUGAUGUGUUGUUAAGUGAGGGUGACUAUGAAGAUGACAGUGAUGAUGAUUUGUUCCACACAUUUGUGGAUCAAGAUAUAACAGAGAGUGUUGCAAGGACUGUAGGAGGAGUGCAAGAAGGAGAAGAGGAAGAGGAAGAAGAUGAAGAUAAGGGUGGGUUUGACAUUGGUGAUGAUGUAGAGCUUAAUGAUAUUGAUAAUGAAGUUGUUAGCAUAAUAGAGUCAGAUGAUGAAGGACCAAAUUAUCCUUGUUUCAAUCCAAGUGUAGAUUUUAAAGUGCCAUUUGAGUUGUUUAAGGUGUUGAAGUUUCCAUCAAACACUGUUUUGAGGAAGGCAAUUAGGUACAAUGCUAUAGACAAAGGGUAUAAUUACUAUUACUUGCAUAAGAAUAGGAGUAGAGUUUCUGUGGAUUGUGCAAAUAGAUGUGGCUGUCCAGUGAAGGGAGGUAGGAGUGUGAAGUGUGUGUGUAAACAGAAGAGAAAGUGCAGAUUUAAGAUUCAUGCCAAAAAAUUAAAAGGAGAGAAAAGUUGGCAAAUAAAGAGUAUAAGGCCAGAGCAUAUAUGUGGGUGGAAGUUUGACAACCCUAAGGUUACCUCAAAGUACCUAGCUGAGAGAUACUUAGAGGAUUGGAGGGAUGAACCAAACACAAAAGUGAAGGCAUUUAUUAGGGGAGCAAGGAGGGAGGUGAAGUCUGAAAUAGGGUAUUACAAGGCAUAUUAA